AGCCAUUUGGCUCUGGUGGUGCACCCCCCUGAUGCUGCCAGUGCGUUCUGAGUCCUGCCGCGGCCCAUGCGAACUACAGGCAGCGCCGGGGCCGCCGGCGUGUGACUCCGAGCACGCGUGCGAGGAGGGGAUGGGCGCGCCGACCGGCUACAUGGUCUGCCAAGUAGUCGCGUGCAUGGAGGGCAAUCGCUUUGUCCCCAUCACGCUGGACGAGUACAAUGCGUACAAGGCCCCGGUCGACGCCGGCUACCGCGACCGCUUCUCCGUGGCCGCCGCCUCUGGCGAAGACCAGAGCGGGGCCCCAGACCCUGACGCCGCGGCGUUCUCGCCCGCGCUUGGCUGGGAUGCGGCACAGAUGGUGCCCGUGAUGGACGGCGGCCUGGCUGCGAUGGCCGGGGCGAUGGUGCUCCCGGUGCUGGUGGAGGUGGAGGCCGGGCCCAUGGAGCCAGCGCCGGGCAAUUGGGAGCCGGCGCCCGGCACGUGGCUCGUGGAGGACAGCGCCGCGGACGGGGAAGGC